AUGGUGGCAGAAGACCUUGGCGUCCAUCAGCUGGAGCGUUUAGUGGAGAUGCUGACACCCAAGGAGUGUGAGGACCUCCUCUUUACCCUGUCUCAUUCAGAAGAGGACAUCUUCCAGCAUAUUGAUCGCCUUUCAGCAGAAAAUAAUCAACUAGAUCUCAGUCUUCGAGCAAAGAGAGACACCUCUGCUCCUGACACUCAGAGGCCUGUCUUUCUGAGAGCCAUAUGUUUGUGUUUUGUAGAUGGUGAGACUCGGUGCCAAACAGCCCUGACAGACUGGCUGCUGAAGUACGGCGAGAAAACCUACUACGACAGACUUUCUCGUGCCUUGCAGCACAUCGGCAGAACCGACAUCGCCCUUGAGAUGGGGAAGAACAUCAACCAGGAUAAAGUCUUAAGCCUGAAACGUUACGUUGAGGACUACCACAAAUAUGUCAGCUCUCUAAGCAUCCUGUCAGAAAAUGCGGACACAAAACCCCAUCAGCAUCAGAAAGUCAGGAAAGCUAAGCUGAAAGAUCUGACGUGGCGGGACCUAGACCUGGUAUUGGAGCGAGCUCCUGUCCCUCUGUACUCAAAGAGCCCUUUGGAUGUGGUUUGGCCUCUUCUGUACGGCAUCCUGCUGGGCUUUGGGGGCACUUUGCUCACGGUUGUAUUUUUGGUCCUCAUCAUCAACCACAGUUCUCAGAAAAGGCAGCAGAGCAGCACCGCGACAAGAAAGCUGCUAAGGUCAAGUAUGAUGAUGUGA